AUAACUACCCAGUAGCGUCCCGUUUUACUAAAAUCAGAUUUCUUUUAGUUCCAUUGCGUAACUCUACACCGAAACAGCUUCCCAGAUCCAGAUAUUCCCCAAAGCAAACGGCGUAAUGGACGAAGAGGAAGAAGCCAAAUUCCUGGAAAGCUCACUCAAAACAUUAGGAUUGUUUGAGGACGGAAUGGAUUUACAAGAAAUGAGAUCCAUUCGAGACGUUGUUAACGAAUCCCUGGAGGAAUCGUCUUUGGCCUUUGAGGAUGAACUUCAAGCCGCAUUGUUGGAGAGUCAACAAAUGGCCAAUGAGAAUCUACACAGGAGCUAUGAAACGUCUUCCAACUGCAGCUCAUCCUUUGAAAACUCUAAUACCGUGCAUGGAGCUAUGGGAAGAUUUUCUACACCGCCAAGCAGUCCUGAUUGUCCACGUCUGUUGAAAGUAGUUGCUGAAGUCCAUUCUGGUUGGAAAGAAACAUCUUUGCAGGAUGGAGGGCAAGCAUCCGGUGAAGAUAUUGAGAACAAAACGGAAAGUAAUAUUAAACCUAGAAUGAAAGAUACUCUGUUAAAGGGCCGAAAUGUGGCUCUGAAAAAUGCUGAUGACAUUUAUUCUGCUUUAGAUAUUGAUGAUGCAAAGUUGUAAUUCCUGUUAUUGUGAUAAUAUGUUAGAUUGCCAAUAAAGUUUGUUUGUUUAUUAGA